CUGAGCACCAUCAACAACAACAUGGCUAUACGCAGAAAAGACAGCUUCCUCUGGGGGAAAGCUCCACCGAAACUCCCCCCCGGAGAGAAGAGGCAGGGUGGCAAUAUUAAGAUUCACAAGUCUGAGCUGCUGGAUGACAUCCAGAAGCUGAGGUUGGAGAUCAGUCACAUCAUGCCAGAAAUCUACAGCCCUGAACUGAGAGAGCAGAAUAAAAAUGUUGUAAGGAACAGAAGGUUCUUACGAGGAAAAAAGAAAUUCAACAUGGACCCCAAAAGGGGUGUCCAUUAUCUGGUUGAAAAUGACCUGUUGGAAUGGCGAGCAGAGUCGGUGGCUGAGUUUCUUUACAAAGAAGAAGGACUGAACAAGACCGCCAUAGGAAACUUCCUGGGAGAAAGGGAGGAAAUGCAUCUGCAGACACUGAAAGCAUUUGUGGGCCUGCAUGAAUUCUCUGACCUGAAUCUGGUGCAGGCGCUGAGGCAGUUUCUGUGGAGCUUUCGUCUCCCAGGAGAAGCUCAGAAGAUUGACAGGAUGAUGGAGGCGUUUGCAACUCGCUACUGCGACUGCAACCCAGGGGUCUUCCAAUCUGCAGACACAUGCUACAUCCUGUCUUUUGCCAUCAUCAUGCUCAACACGAGUCUCCACAACCCCAACGUGAAAGACAAACCUAGUCUGCAGCGAUUCGUUUCCAUGAACAGAGGAAUCAACAACGGGGAGGACCUGUCAACCGAGCUGCUAACGAAAUUGUACACAAGCAUCCGCAGUGAGCCCUUCAAGAUACCAGAGGAUGAUGGGAACGACCUCACGCUAACAUUUUUUAAUCCAGACAGAGAAGGCUGGCUGCUUAAAAUGGGUGGGCGAGUCAAAACCUGGAAGAGGAGGUGGUUCAUUUUGACAGACAGCUGCUUGUACUACUUUGAAUACACCACAGAUAAAGACCCAAUCGGAAUUAUUCCCCUGGAGAACCUGUGUGUCAGGAAGCUACAGGACACAAGCAAAUCGUAUUGUCUGGAGUUAUAUAACCCCAAAGGACAAAAGAUCAAGGCCUGCAAGACGGAGAACAAAGGCAGAGUGGUGCAGGGUAAACAUCAGUCCUAUAAGCUCAGUGCAGCCAGCGCAGAUGAACGGGACGACUGGAUAGACGCAAUCAGGGCGAGCAUCACCAAAGACCCUUUUUAUGACCUGGUGUCUCUACGAAAGAGGAAAAUCAUCAGCAACACUUCCUCAUAGGACUGUAACACUGGACAUCAGAGGAAACAACAUUGGCUCCCGGAUGACAGGUUUUUAUGGAUGACUCAUCAUGUGAUUUUUAUCGCAGAGACUGUGAUAAAAACCAGAAACAUAAAACCAAAACUGAAUUGGAUUUUUUACAGAAAUGUACAAAUAAGGGAACGAAUAGUAGGAAUAGGAAUAGUGAACAAGUGACUUGCUAUGUCAAGUCCUCAUAUUAAUUUUGCAAACUGAAGGCACCAAUGCAGCAACUUCAAGGGGCUGAAAAUUCUACUGACAAACACCUGCUACAGAGGCGAGGCCCAGAGAGGUGGCACUGGCUCUGCUUGAAUCCAAUUGGCUACUUCUGGUGCCCUGUCAGAGUCAGAAGGUGAUUGGAAGUGAAAUUCUUGUUUGAAUCAUGGAUGGGUUUCUGAACAUGCCUACUGGGUGCAGGUUCUGGGCCCCUGCAACUGGACCUCUGUAUCAAGUGACUGAUCCCAAAAACAUGCACAACAACCACAAAGAGACUCAACACGUCUAAAGGGGGAUGCAAAAUGACUAAAGAGACAAAAUCUCUCAAACCAUAAAUAAAACAAAAAUAAAAAUAGAAGGCGACACAAAAUUAACCCAGAACAGAUGCAAAACGCCUAAAAUGGGAUGUAACAUUGCCACAGACAAGAAAAUGACCACAAAGAGACAGGAAAACAUCUAAAAAGGGAUGCAAAAUGAUCAGAUACAAAGUGACUUAGCUGACAUGGGUGAAAAAAAACUACAAAGAGAUA